AUGUCCUCUUCAAGGGUGUUUUUGGACGAAGAUGUUGACCCCACCAGUGAAUACUUGACCUGGUUGAGUGUGAACCCUUCUGCCACUUCUUUGGUCAACCCAGUUGAGGUUGUCAAAGCUGAGACUCUCACAAUAAGUGAGAUUGCUGUGUUCCUCAAACGUGAGCCUGCUAAGGUUGCCUACUUUGACUGCAUUGCAACAAUUGAUGAUGUCAAGCUUGGGGCUGAGUGGUAUUACAUUGCUUGCAAAGAUUGCCAGACCAAGCUAAACCGUGGUCCGACAACCUUGCUUUGUCCAAAAUGCCGCAAUGAAGAUGCUACUGCAUUAGCCAACUAUCGGGUGGAGCUUUCUGUCUAUGAUAAUGAGGAGCAGUGCACGUUCAUCAUCCUCGGAGAUGCUGGAAAAGAGCUCACUGGCAGAAAAGCAUCAGAGUUGAUUGACGCCUAUGUUCAGGAAAAUGGUGGAGAUGAGGCUGAGCUUGAAGUUCCACUGCCACAGUGUUUUAUUGACACAAUUGGCCAGACAAAGAAAUUCAGGAUCAAGGUCUCCCCCUACAAUUUCACUUCAACCCGACUUUCCUUGACCGCUACCAAGAUUAUCUCACCAGCAGUUUUACCACCAAAAAAUACGCCACUCAGCACGCCACUUUCUCUUCUUGGCGCACAAAACCAUAGUCCAGGAGCUGAAGUGGGAAUCUUAGAGGUAGCUGAGAGCAGUGGUAGUGGUACUUCGGCCACUGACGACCAGAAGGAAGCUAAGCGUAUCAAGCGUAGUGGCUAG